AUGGAUAGCUCGAUGAUGGGGGCGGGGCUGCUCCCCGCCCCUUCGGCCGGCGUGCUCGACCUCGAUCCGCAGGUCCAUCACCAUCACCAGCAGCAGCAGCAGCCGCAGCAGCAUCACUACCAGCACCACCAGUUGCAGGCCAUGGCUCUCAGCGCGGAACACCAUCCGCAGGGGAUCCUCGACCCCUCCUCCGACUCCCCUUCGCUCAUCGGCACCGCCCAGAAGGGGAAAGGGGUUUCCCCUUCCUCCGGCUCCCUCUGCAACCACCACCAUCUCUUCCAGAACGGCAGCGACGAGGAAGAGGAGCGGAGCCUGACCAACGAGGACAACGGCGCGGAGGACCUCCUCGGCAAGUCCAAGAAGGGCCUGCCAUGGCAGCGCAUGAAGUGGACGGACGAGAUGGUCCGGCUGCUGAUCUCCGUUGUCGCCUGCGUCGAGGAAGACGGCGCGCCGGAGUCCGGCGACGCGCUGGGGAAGCGGAAGCACGGCAGCGGCGCCGCCGUCGCCCCCGGGGGAGUCCUCCAGAAGAAGGGGAAGUGGAAGACCGUCUCUAAGAUGAUGCUCGAGAAGGGCUGCUACGUCUCCCCUCAGCAGUGCGAGGACAAGUUCAACGACCUGAACAAGCGGUACAAGAGGCUCAACGAGAUCCUCGGUCGGGGAACCACUUGCCAGGUCGUCGAGAACCCCGCCCUUCUCGAUUCGAUGCCCCACGUCCCUCCCAAGGCCAAGGAGGACGUCAGGAAGAUCCUCAGCUCGAAGCACCUCUUCUACAGGGAGAUGUGCGCCUACCACAAUGGACAGCGGCUGCCCCAUUCCCAUGAUCUCAGUUCUUCCCAGGGAGGAGGCUGUGCUCAGCAGCAUGCGGCGUCCAGCAGGUAUCCAGGGGAGGAGGACGCCGGCAGCGAGGAGGAGGACUACGAGGAAGACGGCGACGUGGAGGAGAGGAACGCCGAAUUAUUCGGGAGGAGCUCUGAUAGCUUCCAGGUUGAGAUCGACGGCGUGUUCACGGAUGGCACCAAGUCGAUCUGGGAGCAACGGGACUGGAUCAGGAAGAGGACGCUGCAGCUCCAGGAGGAGAGGAUGAAGAUCCAGAUGAAGGCGUUUGAGCUGGAGAAGCGUCGGUUCAAGUGGCAGAGAUUCUGCAGUAAGAAGGACCGGGAGCUUGAGAGAAUGAAGCUGGAGAACGACCGGAUGAGCUUGGAAAACCAGAGGAUGUCGCUGCAGGUGAAGCAGAGGGAGGCAGAGCUGGAAUUCAACAGGCCUGCGGAGCCGAUCGACUCCUCUGGGUUUGGAUUCAUCCGAGAAUAG